CCUCCACUGGCAUCCAAAGCCAUCUUUGCAUUGUUCCUGCCCCCCGGGUUCGUCGGGCUGCGCUAAGUCGUCGCGGGGCUUCGCUCUUCUUCAUCCCCCAUCCUCCUCUUCCUCCUGCCAUCCUCCUCUUCCUCCGCCUUUGGCGAGCCAAGCCAGCGUACGCGCCCUCGGAUCUCUGCCGGCGCCUUUUUUUUUUUGUACAGUCGCGGGCUUUUCCUCAGCUCCCGCCGCCGACGCCGCACGGUUCUUUCCCCCCGUCCUCCCCCGCCGCUCCAGCCAUGUCAGACACAGCCGUGGACACCAGCUCCGAGAUCUCCACCAAGGAUUUGAAAGAAAAGAAGGAAGUUGUCGAAGAAACAGAAAAUGGCAAGGAAGCCCCCAACGGCAAUGCCGCGAACGAGGAAAACGGCGAGCAGGAGGCGGACAACGAGGUAGACGACGAAGAGGAAGAGGUCGGCGACGAAGAGGAGGAUGAGGAAGAAGGUGACGGCGAAGAAGAAGAUGGCGAUGAAGAUGACGAGACUGAAGGUCCAACUGGCAAGCGGGCAGCUGAGGACGAUGAGGACGACGACGUGGAUCCGAAGAAGCAGAAAACCGACGAAGACGACUAGGGGGAGUUAGGAUAAUAGAAAGAGAAACAACUUUUUUUUAAACAAAAAAAAAAAAAGGAAAGAAUUUUUUUAAAAAAAGAAAGGCCAGCGUGACCUGCUUUUACCUUUGAAAACUUUCUGUUACAAAAAGAAAAAAAAAAUUAC